AUGCACGGUGGCAGGCACGUCAACGAGAGAACCUCGCUCACGAGGCCCUUAGACUCGCCCGAUUACGUGGAGUUCGCGAGCCUCUUGAGGACCCGGAAGACUCGGAUCAGACAGUUCCAAUGCUGUAUCUGCGCCACUUUGAUAGCGGUCUUCACGAUGGCCCUCAUAGUAGCAGUCAGCUACUCCGUCAGUCAAGACAUCAUAGACGCCUCCCCGAACAACACAUUGUCCUCCAUGCAGUCCGUCCUUAACCUAACCGGCCCUUUGAGAUUAGGUAUCGCCCCUGGCUCGGGCUCGUACACACUAUUCAGCAAUCCAGCAUUCGUGCCCAGCUCGAACUCGAUCCUGGUCGACGAGAAGAACGUCGUUACGCCGACCUUGAGCGAGGAGGAGUACCGUGAGGGAUUGGAAGCGGGUCGACAGGCGAUAAACCAGCGUUUGUUCGCGGACGCGACAGCUCUUGCGUCCCCAUUACCGUCCCCGUCACCGGAAUCCAGGCAUCGUUACGCAGUGAGCACGUGCGUCAGCGUUGGAACGCUUGCUCUGGCGGCCAUUGGUGAACUGGCUGCCACCAAGAGGAUCGAAAGCUCCAGGUCCAUUCUGGCUGGACCAUCGGCCGUUGGAAGCUUUUUCGAUAGUGGAUGGGUACCUCGAGAUGUCUGUAAACAUCUGAUAACACCAAAUUGCGUGGAGAGCAAGUACAGAACUAUCGAUGGUAGCUGCAAUCGGCAGAUGCAACAGGGUGCCACCAUGACACCUUUCAGAAGAGUUUUACCGCCGAGUUACGCGGAUGGCAUCGAGGCGCCUAGAAGGGCACUUUCAGGUGCUGAGCUACCAUCGGCUAGGGAAGUCAGUCUGAAGGUCCACAAACCAUCGCCGAGCAGUAAUCCUCGUUUUUCGGUGAUGCUGGCCGUUUAUGGACAGUUCUUGGAUCACGACAUCACCGCUACUGCGAUCAGUCAGGGUGUUAAUGGCACCUCUAUCUCGUGCUGUCCACCGUCUGUGGGACAUCCAGAAUGCUAUCCUGUACCAGUCGCUUCGGGAGAUCCUGUUUUUGACGUGGCUGGAAGGACUUGUAUGGAGUUCGUCAGGUCUGCGCCCGCGCCACAGUGCAAGCUUGGACCUAGACAGCAACUAAAUCAGGUUACCGCGUUCAUCGACGGUUCGGCGAUUUAUGGAUCUGACAUUACCACGGCUAGCGAUCUGCGAGAAUUUUCUGGCGGUCGUCUGAGGAUGCAGAUCACGCCUGACAAUCGAACUUUGCUGCCUGCCAGUACCAAUCCAAAUGACGGCUGCAACAGGGAAACUGAACGUCUUAGAGGUCGCUAUUGCUUCGCAGCUGGGGACGCCAGGGCGAACGAAAAUCUGCACUUGACGACGAUGCAUCUGAUCUGGGCGCGACAGCACAACAGGAUCGCCGAUCAAUUGGCAAAGAUCAAUCCCACCUGGAACGACGAGACGUUAUACGAAGAGGCUCGACGAAUAGUAGGUGCGCAGAUGCAGCACAUCACCUAUCAGGAGUUCGUUCCCAUCGUGCUGGGCGAAGCAGAGACCGCCUUAAGGGAUCUGAAACCUCACAGAGGUGGCUAUCGAGAGUCCUAUCCAGACGAUCCCAAUUUAGAUCCAACUAUAGCGAACAACUUCGCUGCCGCUGCGUUCCGUUUCGCCCACACUUUGUUACCUGGACUGAUGAAGGUGACGGACAAGCAAAGAGGAACUUCGUCUUACGUGGAGCUGCACCGAAUGCUGUUCAAUCCUUACAGUCUUUACGCUGAAGGUGGCGUGAAGAGCUCCGUGACGUCGGCCACGGAGAAUGUCAUCCAGAUGACGUCCACCCAUGUCACUUCUCAGCUGACCAAUCACCUGUUCGAGGAUCCUAUCGGGAAUGCGACUGUGCCUUGCGGUUUGGAUCUGGUGUCGUUGAACAUUCAGAGAGGAAGAGAUCACGGGCUACCUGGGUACACCAGAUGGAGGGAAUAUUGUGGAUUGGGCAGAGCAGAGAGUUUCUCUGAUUUGGAGGGACACCUGGAUCCCCAGACCCUUCAAGAUAUUUCUGGGCUGUACGAGUCGGUGCACGAUGUUGAUCUGUACACUGGAGCCUUGGCUGAGCUGCCAAAGGCUGAUGGAGUCGCUGGGCCUACGUUUGCUUGUCUGAUCGCGGAUCAGUUUGUCAGGUUGCAGAAGAGCGACAGGUUUUGGUAUGAAACACCUGGGCAGCCUCAUUCGUUCACAGAAGAUCAACUCCAAGAAUUGCGCAAGACGUCGUUAGCAAGGCUGAUCUGCGACUGUUCCGACGGAGUGACACAAAUUCAGGCGGAAGUGAUGAGAGCCAUGGGUCCAGACAACCCCAUGGUAUCCUGCGAGGACAUCCCAGCGCCAUCAUUUGAACCGUGGCGCGAGAACGAAUCAAAGAACCCGAUAUUAAAGGCCACAUUCGUGCCAGUCAAUUGGACAGAGUUCAAGGACAAUAUCAACAGCACUAUCAUGGACGUUGUGAACUACAUCAACAACACUAGAGCAUCAGCCACGUUGGCCACAGAUUGGGUGGCUUUUAAAAAUUAUGUAAACAAUACCUUCUCUGACCUGAGGAAUCAAGUGGCUGCUCUUCAUCCACCGAAACCGGACAGUCUGGCACCAAAAGAAAGCUUGUCGAUGUCUUCAGACACAUUCAUCUUACGUUCACCUGGUGCAACGAACGUUUACCAAGAUUGGAUCAGCUUCAAGGCAGAGUUAGUGAAGUCCUUGAAUGACUCUAUAGGGUCCAUGAGCGGUGGGCCAACCUCUGCUGCCAAAUGGAUAGCUUUCAAACAGAAUAUCAUCGACCAGUUCACCGAUCUGAAAAACCAAGUUGCUUCUAUGAAGGCUGACGUUGCUCCCAAGUUAUCGUUAAAGAUGUCUAAAGAAGAGCAGGCAUCAAUGAUGCAAGAUAAUACCCUUAGGAAGUCAAUGAUACCAGCAAUCUUCGAUUGGAAGAACUUCAAGGAUGGUAUUACGUCCUCUUUGGAUAACACCAUCAUAGACAUUGGAGAUCACAUGCCUCCUCCUGGCGAUCCAGCCUGGGCUACCUACGGCAAUGAUAUAAAGGAUCGAUUCUCUGCUCUGCAUGAUCAAAUAGACAGCAAAAAGUCUCCAAAGGAAUUGGCCACAGCAGAUUCUGUCGAAGAUUGGCUGAACUAUAAGGCAGAUGUUAUCAAGACUGUCAAUGAUGCUGUGAAGAAGAUCAAGGACAGGAUGCCUCCUCCUGGUGAUCCAGCUUGGGCAACGUACAGGGACGAGAUCAUGAAGAGUUUUUCUGCUUUUAGACCCACUCCGUCGCCAUUGGAGCUUGUUACCUUAUCUACUUCCGAGAUUUCUCAGCGUGUCAGCUUGGGAGCCUCCAAUACUGCCAAGAUCGAUAAUUCUGAGUUGUUUAAUUUGACCAAGGAUUGGCUAGACUUCCGUGCUGGGAUCAACGAUUCUCUAACUCGAAUUAUUCAGGAUAUACAAAGUAAAAAGCCUGAUAGUGUUGAUACUGUAGGCUGGAUGGCCUUUAAGGAGUCAACCGCAAACGAUUUCGCGAUGCUGAAGAACGAGAUCGCAAGCAUGAAAGGGGAAUGGGUGGCGGAGAUUAAUAAACCGAAGUCUAACAAGGAUUCACCGACUCUUCAGGUCGCAGCUAAGAAGGCUGACUCUUCGAAAUUCGAUUACACCAAGUUUAUGAAGCCUGUCAUCCCAAUGGACGAGUGGAUCGUCUUCAAGAAACAGAUAAACGAUACCUUGAUGAAUCUGUUGAACAAAGCCAACGCCACGAACAAAGUUGACUUCGACGAGAUUCAUGCGAUGUUCAAUAAGUCGUUUGCUGACUUGAAGAACGAGAUCACUUCACUGAAGAGUCUGAUCGCUGAAAAUGGUUUGAAUCGAACUAAUGAUUGGAUCAGCUUCCAGAAGCAAUUGAACUCUACGAUUAAAGACCUUGUCGAGGGUGUUGAAAAUGAGGGUAAAGGGUCUGCUGGUAAUGUAAUGAAGAUUCUGUUCCAGACGAAGGAUAGAUUCUCGAAUUUGGAAUCACCGACAGGUGUGACACCAAAUGAGUGGUCACAAUAUUCCGCCAGUAUCAACAAAACACUCACAGACGUUCUGAGAGCCAUCAGUGAUACGAAGCAGUCAGCAUUGUCGCUCAAGGCAGACGUUCCAAUGUCCUCAUCCAAUAAACCGAGGCCUUUGCCCGAUUGGUUGCUCGUUCCUUGUCUCGCGAGUCUUUUACACUCACUGUUAAACACCGAAUUUUCGCUCGUCCAUUGA